AUGAAAAAGGUUGGCGCCAUCAGACGAGUUCGACCUUUGAAACAUCACAACAAUUCUAGCCCUCUCUCAAUCGGUCACUCUGUCUCUGUCUCUCUGUCUCUCUCUCUCUUUCUCUCUCUCUCACCUAGUCGCAUUCCUUCCCUCUCUAUUUUCUCACUUUCUCAUUUUUCUCUAGCCUUUCUUCUUUUUUCUCUCUCUCUAGCUCUAUCCAACUCUCUUUCUUUCUCUCUUUCUAACCAUCACUCUCUUUCUCUCUCUCUAGCCCCCUUUCUCUUUCUUUCUAACCCUCUCUCACAAUCGCUCUGUUUCCAUCUCUUUCUUUUUCUUUCUUUCUUUCUUUCUUUUUUUCUUUCUUUCUUUCUUUCUUUCUUUUUUUCUUUCUUUCUUUCUUUCUUUAGCCUUUUCUCUCACUUUCUUUCUUUAUAUAGCACUCUCUCUCUAGCUCUCUCUCUUUAG